AUGGAGAGAAGCAAUCACAGUGUGACCGAGUUCAUCCUGUUGGGCUUCUCAAGAGACCCUGUGAUGCAGUUGGUCCUGUUCGUGGUGUUCCUUGUUGGGUACUCUCUGACAGUAAUGGGAAAUACCACACUCAUAGUGUUGAUAUUCAAUGACUCAAGACUCCACACUCCCAUGUAUUUUUUCAUUGGCAAUUUGUCAUUCCUAGAUCUCUGGUAUUCCUCUGUCUACACCCCAAAGAUCCUUGUAACCUGUAUCGCUGAGGACAAAAGCAUUUCCUUUGCAGGCUGCCUGGCUCAGUUCUUAUUCUCUGCUGGGCUGGCGUAUAGUGAGUGUUACCUGUUGGCGGCCAUGGCUUAUGAUCGCUAUGCGGCCAUAGCCAAACCUUUGCUUUAUGCUCAGGUCAUGUCAAAAAGACUGUGCUUAUAUUUGAUUAUAUAUUCCUACACUGGAGGCUUUGUAGAUGCAAUAAUACUCACCAGCAACACAUUCACACUGGAUUUUUGUGGUGAUAAUGUCAUUGAUGACUUUUUCUGCGAUGUCCCACCACUGGUGAAGUUGGCGUGUGAUGUGACAGAAAGCUACCAGCAAGUACUGUACUUCCUCUUGGCCUCCAACGUCAUCACCCCCACUGUGCUCAUCCUCGCCUCUUACCUCUUCAUCAUUGCUGCCAUCCUGAGAAUCCGCUCCACCCAGGGCCGCCUCAAAGCCUUCUCCACCUGCUCCUCCCACCUGAUCUCUGUCACCUUAUACUUUGGUUCCUUUCUCUAUAUUUACUCUCGACCAAGUUCCAGCUAUUCCCUUGAAAGGGACAAAAUAAUUUCUACAUUUUAUACUGUGCUCUUCCCCAUGUUGAAUCCCAUGAUCUAUAGUCUGAGGAACAAAGAUGUGAAAGAAGCUCUGAAAAAACUCCUCAAGUUAACAUAA